AAGGAGAAAAAGGUAAAGUGAUAUCCACCUUUUGAAAUUUCUUGAAUUAUCAACCUGCUGCUGCUUCAAUCUUCUGUCUCUUCCUCCACCUCCCACAUGCUUUAUUUUCACACUCACUCACUCACAACACUCUAUAUAAAUACCCCUCCCUCACCUCUACUCAACUGAAGCCCUAGAAAUGGCGCUGAAGACUACUGUCUUUCUCUCUCUCUCCUUUCUCUACACAGUUUCUGCUUCUUUCGAAGGGCUGCUUCCCAAUGGAAACUUCGAGGAGACCCCGAAGAGCACAGACAUGAAGAAAACGGUGCUCCAGGGGCGUCACGCCCUCCCCAAAUGGGAGAUCAGCGGCCUGGUCGAGUACAUUUCCGGCGGGCCCCAGCCGGGGGGGAUGUACUUCGCGGUGGCGCACGGCGUCCACGCGGUGCGCCUCGGCAACGAGGCCUCCGUCUCCCAGCCCAUCCCCGUCCGGAACGGCUCCCUCUACGCGCUCACGUUCGGCGCGUCGCGGACCUGCGCGCAGAACGAGGUGCUGCGCGUGUCUGUGCCGCCGCAGUCCGGCGAUCUCCCCCUCCAGACGCUCUACAGCAGCAACGGCGGCGACACCUACGCCUGGGGGUUCCGCGCCACCUCCAGCUCCGUCAAGGUCGUCUUCCACAACCCUGGGAUGCAGGAAGAUCCCGCCUGCGGCCCCCUCCUCGACGCCGUCGCCAUCAAGGAGCUCACCCUCCCCACCGCCACUAAAGCUAACCUGGUGAAGAAUGGUGGAUUCGAGGAGGGCCCUCAUAUCCUGUUGAACUCCUCCCACGGCGUGCUCCUCCCUCCGAAGCAGGAGGACUCCACCUCGCCCCUCCCGGGGUGGAUCAUCGAGUCCCUCAAGGCCGUCAAGUUCAUAGACUCCAACCAUUUCAACGUCCCCUCGGGCAAAUCUGCUGUGGAGCUCGUAGCCGGGAGAGAGAGCGCCAUAGCUCAAGUCAUCAGAACCGUCCCCAACAAAGCCUACAGCCUCAAGUUCGCGGUGGGGGAUGCCAAGAACGGGUGCCAUGGAUCCAUGAUGAUCGAGGCGUUUGCAGCCAAUGCCACCAUGAAGGCUCCCUUUAAAUCUCAAGGGAAGGGCAAGUUUGAAGGGUUCAGCUUCAGAUUCACGGCGGCGUCGGAUCGGACCAGGUUGACUUUCUUCAGCUCGUUCUACCAUACAAAGGUUCAAGACUAUGGAAGUCUGUGUGGGCCUGUUCUUGAUCAAGUCGAGGUUCUUCCUCUUAAGAUGUGAUCUGUGAGAAGCAAUGCUUAGUGUUUUUGUAACUGCAUAAACUUCUUGUCUACUGCUUUCUUCAAUGCCAUGCCACAUUUCGAAUA